GGCAGGGCUGCUUCGCUCCUCACCCAACCUCAGGCAUUCAUUCAUUCAUCAAUUAGUAACUUAUGGUAUAUUAUUGUAAUAAUCAACAAAAUCAACGAUUUUUCUAUUGUCAUAGCUAUCCUCCUCCCGACUGCGAGUCGGUCCCCUCUCCACACCUCCUGGAUCCUUACCCACCACAGUAUCUCUGUGGUUGUCCCGCUGCGUUGUAUUGUGUGGUGGUGAUAGUUUCCCCUCACCGGCACGCCGGCAUGUUGACUGUCGCAGCGUCGCCAUCGCGUCGCUGCACCGCGUGUCCUGUCUGCUGUCUUCUCCCCCCAGCAAGCGGCUGUUUUGUGGAUGUUUAUUCGAUAUUUUGGGACUGUUUCGACGCGUUCCUAGGCUGUUGCCUCUUUCUCGCUCAAAAUAUUCACGAAAAUCUGGGCUGGAAAUCAGCGGCUGAAAUUACUCGUUAAAAAUAUCUGCGACGUUGGGAGGAUCAUAUCUGAUUCACACUGCAUUAUACAUGGUAUCGAUCGGGCCUCUGCUAGAAUGAAUUGCGGGGCUAAAAGGAUGGAUGG